AUGGCUUUCAAAGACUCUGGAAAAGCACCUGUGGAGGCUGAGGUCGCCAUUCACCGCAUCAGAAUCACUUUGACCAGCCGCAAUGUGAAGUCACUGGAGAAGGUCUGUGCAGAUCUGAUCCGUGGAGCUAAGGAGAAGAACCUCAAGGUGAAGGGUCCAGUCCGUAUGCCGACUAAGACCCUGCGCAUCACCACCAGAAAGACUCCCUGCGGUGAAGGGUCCAAAACCUGGGAUCGUUUCCAGAUGAGGAUCCACAAGCGCCUCAUUGAUCUGCAUAGUCCAUCUGAGAUCGUCAAGCAGAUCACCUCCAUCAGCAUCGAGCCCGGUGUAGAGGUCGAAGUCACCAUUGCUGACGCAUAA